AUGACGUUGUCGUCGAUCGGGAAUAGCAGCGAUGAUGAGUCUGGGAGGGAUGACUUCGAGAACGAUGAGGCUCAAAGCUCGUAUAAAGGUCCUUUGGACAUGAUGAACGCGUUGGAGGAGGUUUUACCUAUGAGGAGAGGGAUCUCAAAAUUCUAUAACUACAAAUCCAAGUCCUUCACGAGUCUGGCAGAGGCUUCAUCUUCUUCCAACAUCAAAGACCUUGCAAAACCAGACAAUGCAUAUGCCAGAAAACGCAGGAACCUACUUGCCUCCAAUCACAUGUGGGAGAUGAACCGAAGCUUUCCACUGAGAAGCAAUGGGGGCAGGAUUUCAAAGAGACCCAUCUCAACGAGUCGAAGCACAUUGGCUUUGGCUAUUAAAUUGAGCAGCUGUGCUGAAUUACAGGGGAUUUUACCUUAAUGCCCCUCCACUUAU